CGAUCCUACAGUCGGCUUCAGUCGGCUCUGGUCGGCUCGAGCCAGCGGUCGGAGCAAGGUUCGGUGUGGAGUCUAGCUUGCGCCUUUCCUAUGUGAAAAUCGAGGAGACUCAGUAGCGGCGUAGUCACACGCAGAGCAGUUAGUGUUGUGCUUCCCGUCUCGUUGCACAACGGGUCGAUCGAUGGGAACGAACAAGGAGAACGAGAACUUAAAGUCAACGACCCGUUAGACCAGCUUCUCUUUAUCACCUUCCAUAUUCUAUGGGCUUUACCUAAUUGAUCCAAGAGACACCGAUGUCUCUUGGCAGUCCCGGCACCAUGCAAGAAUCGGAUCAUUCCUCAAGGUCUGUCCUACUCAAUACCUUCGUUAUAAGAAAGAAACGGUGCCGGGUUUACUUUCAUCGUGGUACGCUCAUCUGGGAGACAGAACGUGCACCUUACACACGAUGGACCCUCCCACUUACGGAUGUACUGGCUGCUCAUUAUGGAGAUGAUUGGACGCCCGGUGACGUUACCAAGGAAAAGAUACCAGCGACGUCGCCGACGUCCCCGUCGCUGGCACCAACCAGCUUUGUUCUUCAUUAUGCAGCACGUGGACCUAAAAACAAAUGGAGUCAUCACAGCGUCACCAUGAGCCACACUGAUCCCAGACAAGUGGCGUCGUGGGUCAAGACUAUAAGGAAUUAUUUAUCAGGACUCAGUCAUCGGCCACGUAGGAUAAUGGUGUUUGUUAAUCCCUUUGGGGGUAAGAAGAAGGGCCUUAAGAUUUGGGAAAGGGAUGUGCAGCCUCUGAUGAACAUCGCCGAAGUCGAGACCAAGCUUAUGAUCACAGAACGAGCUGGACACAUCCGGGACACGUUACUUGCGGCUAGUAUGGAUGAUAUCCAAGCGGUCGUUUGUGUCGGGGGCGACGGUACAUUCGCCGAAGUCUUUAAUGGUCUGGUGCUCAGGGCAGCUAAAGAUAUGCAGAUUGAUCCCAACGACCCCGACGUCAAUUUGCCAACACCUAAUUUACCCGUCGGCGUUAUACCCAGCGGAAGUACCGAUACAGUGGCCUAUAGUCUUCACGGUACCACCGAUGUCCAGACUGCCGCCAUUCACGUGAUAUUUGGCGACAGCACGGGACUUGAUCUCUCGUCUGUUCAUAAUAAUCAUUCCCUAGUGCGUUUAUAUGCCAGCGUCCUAAGCUACGGUUACCUGGGUGACGUGAUCAGAGACAGUGAGAAAUUUCGCUGGAUGGGACCACAGAGAUACGAUUAUUCCGGUUUCAAAAAGAUUAUUGCUAACAAGGGAUACGAGGGUGAGAUAGAACUCUUAUCGGAUCCUUGUCAUCCAGCAGGUAGCACCAGGUGUAUGGAAAAUUGUACCAGAUGCCUGCAGCACAUGCAUAAUACCGUGCCCGAUAAAGAAAUCUCAAGGUGGUUGACUGUCAGAGGAAAAUUCUUUAUGGUAAAUGGUGCUAAUGUUUCCUGCGCAUGCUCCAGAAGUCCACUGGGAUUUAGUCCGCAUUGUCACAUAGGAGAUGGCUGUGUUGAUAUUAUUUUAAUUAGGCACACUUCUCUAUUAAACAAUAUCAGAGUGCUACUCAGGCUCACUAGCAAACACAAGACUCUGUAUGAUCUACCGUUCGUCGAGGUCUACAGAGCAAGAGAAUUCACAUUCCGAGCCCUGCCCACAUUACACGGGCAGCCUGGUGGCGAGAUCAAUUCGUCUCGAUUGAUUUCGGAACUAAGCGUUUGGAACUGUGAUGGUGAGGUCAUUCAGGAUCCCGACGUGAAGAUCAGGGUACAUUGUCAGCUGCUCAAAGUAUAUACGAGAAGAGUUCAGGAACCUAUUGUCGAGCCAUCCUGCUUUUGUUCUACGUGAAGGUCAAUCUCUUUGAGCGAAUUUCUAUAAUAUGAUUGGCUAUAAAGAGAAAUCUUGGACUGCGUCGAGCUCACACUGUGAAGUCACCUUGAACGCACUAAGGCAGCUGUGCCAGACAAAGGAAUAGUCGUCAUCAGGGAUUGAGAAGAGUAAACCGUCAACAGGCACAAUUUGUGCUGCUAACAGAGUUCCUCGUGUGCUGCUUUGUAAAUGAUACUAGACCACUUAUACGUAGAUAGACAAAUUGCGGCAAUUUGAUAAAUUAGCCUGAACUUGUGAUUCGCUUGAUCGAUUGAGACCAGCCUAAGAGAAUUGAUGAGGAAAUCUAGCAAGCGGUUCGAUCGAUAAUAUUGAUCGGUCUGUCUGGCGGCGCCACUGUCCAUGUCAAAUGCCAUCUAUUGAUUCUUUUUGGUACUGAUUAGAUAUGAGAUUUUAAACUACAGUCACUUUUCGGUUAAGUACCGUUUGUCCGACGCCAUUUGAACGAUUAGUCGACUCUUGGCGUUGUGAUCAAUUCGGUUUAAAUGUAAGUGGCUCUACCUAGCGGAAAUCUCUUAUAUCUACUUAUCGUUUCUACUAGAGGCCUUCUCGAAUCGAUCGUUAGCGGAGGUCGAAGUUACAUCAACGAACAGCUUCCACUGCUGACACGUUGAAUGGCAUUUACGUACUUAAAACACACGUAAAUAUUAUAUUUUACGGCUAGCGCUGGCCAGCUUGCUUACUUGGAGGCGCAGCAAGAUACAACAGACAACACGCUACGUUGUUACACAUAACAGUGCACGACCGUAUACGGACUGCUUCCAUUUGGCUGUGCUUAAAAUGAUAGAUUUUCGACAUUUAUUUUCCGUUUUAUUUUGAUAACUUAAAGCAGUUUUUAAAAAUUUUAAUGCGCACCUUCAAUGCACGACAACCAAGAUAAUGAAGCUUAUCGUAGCCGAAGGGUACCAUUGAGCAAUAUGUGACUUUAAAUUUUGACAUAUCGAAAUAACAUUUUUUUCUUAUGUGUUCAUGGAGGUAAAAAUAGCGCUUUUGACGCGACAAGUUUUUUUCAAUUGGUAAAGAGAUGGAUGGAAUUAAAUUUACUCUUGGAUUCGGUAUUAAUCACAUCCUCCGCGCAACAUCCGUCUCUUUGAAUAAUUUUUUAAUUAAAUGAAUUAAAAGUGAGAAUCUUCUCGCGCUACUCAAACGAUCCACUUUUACUGUGCAAGAGCACUUACACUUAUCUCCUAAUACUUUUGGUUAGAGUAUUUUUAUUACAGCAUGUGAAUAUUGUACCUACUGUGACGAUAACGUGUAUAGUUUAAUUAUCACGAAUUUAUAUAGCGAUAACGUUUAAUCGUUAUGAGUUACUACUCGGUAUCUAUAGAAAUUAUAUUGUAUAUCCAAUUUUCAUUACCGCACAGUGGUGCCGACAGUAGCUGCGUGCAAUAAUGAAAUUCAUAGUAUUGACAGUGCAUCAAAAAUUUUGUAAUUAGUUUACACGAGCGCAUAGUGAAUUCGUUAAAAAUUUAAAAAGUAAGACUCUCGCUAAUUGAUAAUUUAUUGCAUAAUAUAGUAGUACUGCGUAAAAAUUAGAGAGCUAUCGUCACUCCGAAUGUCUGUAUAUAGUUUAAUUAUUGAUCUGUAAAAUAAUAUUAAUUUAAAAAAAAUUCUUUUGUAAACAUUCCAGAAUUAUCAAGGAUGCCUUUAUAUUGCACUAUUUAAUUGGCACCUUGCUUCUCAGCUAAUUAAUUAGAUUCACUCGGAGCUCAUUAUUUACACGUUUAAUUUAUAAUUCAAUCGUUCGUUAAAUUUUUUGUGAAAUCAACUGUGAAUCUUUCGUUUGGACUACGUUGAACUUCGCAAUGUCUGGUUUAAUAAAUUUCAUUCAAAUUUA